AUGUCGAAACAAAUGUUGUCAUCGCACGAAGUUGCCGGAGGAGAUGUGACAACGACAAGGAGUGGAAGGGAGGGGGGUGUAAUGCUCCAAUACCCAUUACUCACGAAGUGUAACUAUGCAGCAUGGUCGAUAAGGAUGUGUGUUAACUUAAAGGCACAGGGCGUGUGGGAUGCCAUCAAGCAUGGUGAUGAAGUUGAGGAGCAUAAGGACAGGAUGACUCUUGCCGCCAUCUACGAAACAGUCCCGGAGGACGUCCUUCUAAUGUUGGCAGAGAAGGACUUGGCAAAGUUGACGACGAUCGUCAGUGGCAUCCGUUCACUAGGCGACGUUGUGAAGGAGAUCUCCGUCGUCAAGAAGUUCCUUCGAGUUGUUCUCCCAAGAUUCAUGCAUAUUGCUACCUCCAUCGAGCAUUCUGGUGAACUCCAGAACGUGUAUUAUGCGACAGAGUGCCACAACAACGAGCGCGGUGAGGAGGCAAACCUCAUGUUCUCGGUGGAUGAAGAGCCCAGAUUGAUGUUGGCCGAGAAAAUGCCCAACUUGUUGAUGCUCAAUGAAGAGAAGGUUAUGGUGAACCCCUCCAUAGAUGGAGAAGACCAAGUGGAGACUAGCAUGUGGUACCUAGACAACGGAGCAAGCAACUACAUGAUUGGAGAUCGAGCAAAGUUCAAGAAACUUGAUGAGAAGUUCAUUGGAAACAUGAAGCUUUGCGAAGGAUCAAUUGUAUCAAUCCAAGGUAAAGGAUCCAUCUUGUUCCAAUGUAAAAACAGUGAUCAAUGUCUAUUUACUAAGGUGUAUUACAUCUCGAGUUUGAAGAAUAAUAUUAUCAGCCUUGGUCAAAUGACAGAAGAAGGUAGCCGAGUGGAGAUAGUCGGCUCGCUCCUCAGAAUAUACGACCGAAAUGGAGCCUUGUUGAUGAAGGCAAGAUGGUGA